AUGUCCGAGGCCGAUAGCAGCACCUGCGACUGGGAGAACCCGCGCAUCUUCCAGCGAAACAAACUCCCCCCUCGCGCAUACUUUCUUCCAGAAUCAUCACUGUCGCUGAACGGCCAAUGGGACUUUAAUUACGCGUUGUCACCCUUGCUGGCCCCGGAAGUCUCCAAUGACAAGAAGACCGACGCAUCGUCUGAAUCGGUGCAAUGGACAACCAUUUCGGUUCCUGGUCACUGGCAGCUACAAGGCCACGGAAAACCCAACUAUACAAACACCAUCUUUCCAUUUCCUUGUGACCCACCUAAUGUCCCCAGCCAAAACCCGACAGGUACAUAUCGGAGGUCGUUCGACGUGCCACCUGAUUGGGACUCAACCGCGCAGCUGCGGCUCCGAUUCGACGGAGUAGACUGCGCCUACCAUCUCUGGGUGAAUGAACAUGAAGUUGGAUAUGCACAGGGGAGCCGCAAUCCAUCUGAAUUUGACAUAUCGCAGUUCGUUGAUCGGAAGGCGAAAAAUGAUCUUGUUGUGCGUGUCUAUCAGUGGUCAGAUGGAUCGUACAUCGAGGAUCAAGACCAGUGGUGGCUUUCGGGAAUUUUCCGCGAUGUUAACCUACUCGCCUUCCCCUCCGCAGCUCGAAUUGAAGACUUCUUCGCGAAAACCGAAUUCGAUGAAUCCUACGAGGACGGUGUCCUGAAAAUCACGGUCCGCCUUACAACUAGCGAGUCAGUGGUUUUGGAAGCUACGCUGACCGACCGAAAUGGACCAGAGGGAGUUAUCGGCUCUGCGAGUGUGUCGCAAGUCGAGAGUGGGGAUGCGAUCUUGGAUAUUCCUGUGAAGCGCCCUGAACACUGGACGGCAGAGACACCAUAUCUAUACGAUCUCACUCUAAGUCUACAGACUUCAUCGGAUAAGAAAGAUCUUCAAAAGAUACACCAUCGUGUUGGAUUCCGCCAGGUUGAAAUAAAGAAAGGAAAUAUUACCGUCAAUGGCAAGGCCAUCCUCUUCCGUGGUGCCAACCGCCAUGACCACCACCCCCAAUUCGGUCGUGCUGUUCCCCUGUCGUUCCUUCGCGAGGAUCUCCUUAUUAUGAAGCGUCAUAACCUCAAUUCACUGCGAUGUUGUCAUUACCCAUCGCACCCCCGACUAUACGAGCUUUGUGACGAGCUUGGUUUAUGGGUGAUGGACGAAGCGGAUUUGGAAUGUCACGGAUUUUACGAUGCGGUCGCACGACCUCUCGAUAUUCCAGAAUCAAUGGACUACGAAGAGCGCAAGAAGCUGACCUUCGACCAAGCCGCUCAAUACACUAGCAACAAUCCUGAAUGGAAGGACGCAUAUCUGGAUCGUGCAAUUCAGAUGGUCCAGCGUGACAAAAAUCAUCCUUGUAUCGUGAUUUGGUCUCUCGGAAACGAGGCAUUCUACGGCCAGAACCACCAGGCUAUGCAUGAUUAUAUCAAGUCUGUCGACCCGAGCAGGCCCAUCCACUACGAAGGGGACCCCGAGGCAAAGUCCGCCGACAUGUUCUCUUACAUGUACCCAUCUGUCAACCGAAUUGAAAAACUGGCGGUGGCAGAGGGUGAUGACUUUGAGAAGCCCAUUGUACUCUGCGAGUAUGGCCAUGCGAUGGGAAAUGCCCCAGGCGCCCUGGAAGAGUAUAUGGAAGCUUUCCGAACCCAUCGACGACUGCAAGGCGGAUGGAUCUGGGAAUGGGCAAACCACGGCCUCUGGGAUGAAGAACGGGGAUUCUACGGAUAUGGUGGAGACUUUGACGAUUUUCCCAACGACGGUAUUUUUGUUAUGGAUGGGCUCUGCUUUAGCAACCAUACUCCGACUCCAGGCCUCGUUGAGCUACAAAAGGCCUACUCUCCAGUUCACGCGUUUUACGCCAACGGUUCGAUCUCCAUUGAGAAUAGAUACGACUUCACGGAACUGGCGCAUCUUCAGGCCUUAUACCGCAUUGAAUCAUUCGGUGAAGAGACAACCAUCAUGUCCACAGGUAGUCUCAAAGUUCCUUCAGUGAAGGCGGGGCAGAGUGCAAGCAUCGAGUUUGCUCAAAAUCUACCCAGCCUUCCUGGAGGUGAAAUUUGGCUCACUGUCAGCUUCCAGAACAUCCAAUCUACCCCCUGGACCCCGAGUGGUCAUGAAGUUGCUUGGUUUCAACACCCUCUGAAAACUUCUUCGAUCGGUCCUUCUCUUUCUCCUCGGUUCCCUAUGCAGACCAGUUCCAACUGUUCCAGCCACACCGUGACAGGCUCGGACUUUGAAAUUUCUUUUUCACGUUCCACCGGUGGCUUGACAAGCUGGACCUCUAGGGGGCAUCAGCUUCUGGAUCCUGAUCUGAAAACAGCCACUGCCUUAGCACCAGGCUUUUGGCGACCUCCAACCGACAAUGACACUAUGUCAUCAGAUCUAGAAGAAAGGAAGAGAUACGGACUGGAUGAUAUGAGAGUCCAGCUUCGAAGCAUCAAGAAUUCUAAAGUCGAGGGUGACUCCGCGCAAAUAGUGACCGAAACUUGGGUGGGGCCACCCGUUCUUGCAUGGGGCUUCCAAGUGACAACAAACUAUACUGUUACCGGAGAUGGAAAGCUUUCUGUGACCUCAUUGGUGAAGCCUCGAGGGUCUCUUCCCAAAGAUCUUCCACGACUAGGCCUGGACUUGCGUCUCGCCGACCAGUUGGACAACGCCAAAUGGUUUGGUCUAGGACCAGGGGAGUCAUACCCAGACAAGAAACGAUCUCAAAAGCUCGGAAUCUAUAAAGCUACCACUGAACAGCUUCACACACCAUAUGAAGUCCCUCAGGAGGGCGGAAACCGAUCCGAGACCCGUUGGUUGCAGCUGAGCGAUAAUCGUGGCUGGGGCAUCAAGGUUUUCAGAGACUCCGUGCAUACAGACAAGGACCCUACAGUCCAAUUCCACUGGGCCGCAUCUCGCUACAGCGCGAAACAGAUUGAAUCAGCAAGACACCCAUGUGAUCUUGUUCCUGAAAAGACAGUUCAUGUGAGACUCGAUGCUGAAUGCAGCGGAGUGGGAACUGGUGCUUGUGGGCCGACUACCCUGGACAAGUAUCUCGUCGCUUGUGAAGAGAGAGAGUUCAAAUUUACUCUGGUUCCAUUUUUCAGCGACGGAUUCUGA